AUGGGUGGAGUCAUCACAACUCCCACCUUUAUUGAGCAGUUCAACAACCCUGACGCAUUAGUUCAGGGUCUGGUCACAGGCUUGUAUGAUGCCGGCUGCCUCGUUGGGUCUAUUGCAACGUUCUUCUGGUCCGAACCAAUGGGGCGUAAAAAAUCUGUGUACAUUGGCGUGGUUAUCGUAUUAAUUGGCACAAUAGUACAAGUGACUGCUAAAACGGUUGCUCACUUAAUCGUAGGCAGAAUUGUCACUGGUGUUGGUGUAGGCAUUAUGACUGCAAUCGUCCCCACAUGGCAAGCAGAAGUAUCUCCUGCGCAGAGCAGAGGGCAGCUGCUGACGGUGCAGGCUUCUUGCAUCAUUCUCGGCUAUCUCUUUUCGUGCUGGAUCGCGCUAGGCGCCUCAUAUACAAACUCGUCUUUUCAAUGGACCGGACCCAUAGCGCUCCAAGCUAUUUUCGCGUUAUAUCUCGGUUUUUGCAUGCCGUUCUUGGUCGAGUCCCCGAGGUGGCUCGCUAAUCAUAAGGGCAUCGGCGAAGCCACUGCGGUCAUAUCUCGCCUCAGAGGCAAGCCGAUCGACCAUCCCGAGGUCUUAGAAGUGCGCCGUGAAAUUCAACUUGUUCUCGAAGAAGAAACCUCCAGCGGUGCCUGGUGCGACCUGUUCAAGUCAACAGGCGAGCAGAAUUUGAGGAGGCUUAUGCUCGGUGUGGUUGGACUUUAUAUGCAGCAAAUUGGGGGUAUCAAUUCCAUUUCUUACUACCUCCCUGUCAUUCUCCAGGAAUAUAUCGGUUUGGACCUACAUCUCUCCCAUAUCCUCACUGGCGUCGCGGCAAUUGAGUACUUCAUAUUCUCAAUGUUUCCAAUUUUGUUCGUCGAGAAGGUAGGCCGUCGCAAUAGUAUGAUAUGGGGGGCCGUGGCACAGGCUAUCAUUAUGGUGAUUGCCUCUGUAGGGCUUGCUGUCAAUACUUCGUCCAGUCUGAAAUUGACAGUAGCGAUGUACUUUUUGUUUUACGCUGCUUUCGCAAUGAGUUACCUCAACGUUCCUUGGAUGUAUGCCCCGGAGAUAAAUUCGCUACGAAUGCGAGUCAAGGGCGGCGCGGCUGCAUCCGCGUCAAACUGGCUAUUCAAUGGAAUUGUAGUCACAGUUACCCCAAUCGGACUCCAAAACCUCGGCUGGAAGUUUUAUAUGAUCUUCGUCGCAUUAAACAUAUCAUUCAUUCCAAUUGUAUACUUCUGCUACCCAGAAACACGAGGGCUCAGUCUAGAGCAGAUUGAUCACAUUUUCUACGGAAAGGGAACUACAACAAACUGGCUAUACCAGGGAGUUCGGGAAAGCAUUCAUCAGCGACGUGCAACAAUUAUUGCUUCAGACCUGGAGACUUCUGGCUCAGGAAAUGAUCUCAAAGAGAAGGUCGCAGAUUGUCAUGUGGAAAAUAGUUCCUAG